AUCGUAGACUUUUCAGGGCAGAGCCCCAAAAAAAAAAAAUCAGAAAAAAUGGCUUUGGAGAAUUGUUCAUCCGGUCCGAAAAGUCCCCUGUUAGGAUCAUCAUCGUCGUCAGGCAUUUCAUCGAACAGUUGGUGUGCAAAGUUGAUCGACGUAGAAGAAGCUAAGAAUCAGAUGUUAUUUUCAUUGCCAAUGAUUGUAGUGAACAGUUGUUUCUACUUUAUCAACCUUGUUUCCGUCAUGUUCGCCGGACACCUCGGGAAACUCGAGCUGGCUGCAUCAAAUCUUGCUAAUUCAUGGGCUAUGGUUACUGGUUUCAGCUUCAUGGUUGGUCUAAGUGGUGCACUUGAGACAUUAUGCGGCCAAGGGUACGGAGCAAAAAUGUACAGAAUGUUGGGGAUACAUUUGCAGGCAUCAUGCAUCAUAUCGUUCUUCUUUUCUGUGGUGAUUUCUGCCAUCUGGUGGUAUUCUGAUAUGAUUCUGAUUUUACUUCAUCAAGAUCCUGACAUAGCUAGAGAAGCCGGCGUAUUCUUGAGGUUCCUCAUUCCUGGAUUGUUUGCAUAUAGUUUUCUGCAAAACAUUUUGAGAUUUCUUCAGGCACAGUCGAUCAUCAUGCCUCUGGCUUUCUGUUCAGUUGGAUCUUUAGUCAUCCACAUUGGGAUUUCCUAUGCCUUGGUUCAUUGGACAGGUCUUGCUUUUAAAGGAGCAUCAUUAGCGGCUUCCAUUUCGAUCUGGAUCUCAUUUCUGACGUUGGGCCUAUACGUGCUCCUUUCGAAGAGAUUCAACCAUAUCUGGAGAGAUGGUCUCUCGUUCGAGCCAUUUCAUCAUAUCCUUACAAACUUGAAGUUGGCUUUGCCCUCUGCUGCCAUGGUAUGCUUGGAGUACUGGGCUUUUGAGCUUCUUGUGUUAUUGGCUGGUUUGAUGCCAAACUCAGGAACAACUACUUCUGUUGUAGCUAUGUGUGUAAAUACACAAAACAUAGCUUACAUGAUAUCUUAUGGUCUGAGUGCAGCUGCAAGCACUAGGGUGGCAAACGAGUUAGGAGCUGGAAAUCCUGAUAAAGCUAAGCAUGCUAUGUUUGUUACUCUCAAGCUAGCUGUUCUUCUUGCCAUUGCAGUUGAUUUGGUUCUAUUGUUAGGUCAUAAUGUCUGGGCUAGCCUCUUCAGUGAUAGCACGGAGAUAAUUAACAAAUUUGCCUCCAUGACACCUCUCCUCUUAAUCUCCUUUGUGUUCGAUUUCAUUCAAGGAAUCCUCUCAGGGGUUACUAGGGGAUGCGGAUGGCAGCAUUUGGCUAUGUGCAUCAACUUGGCGACAUUCUAUUUCAUCGGUAUGCCAAUAGCCGGCCUCCUUGCUUUCAAGUUCAACCUACAUUCUCAGGGUUUAUGGUUGGGCUUGAUUUGUGGUCUAGCCUGCCAAUCUUCUGGCUUGUUGCUACUUACAUUGAUGAACAGAUGGGGAAAAGUAGCAGAAGUUUCAACAAAUAGCAAUAGAGAAAAUGUACUCCUAGCUUAAGCAUGAGUUUAUGAGAAUUACUAUUGAGUUUUCCUUCAGAUAUGAUGAUUGAUUGAUUAAUUAAUUACCUUUAUUUCUAUUUU